UUGAGAAAUAACUUUAUCUCUAGGAAAGGAAGAUACUUAAACCUUACCUAACAAUUAAAGCCAAGUACCUCAAAACAAGAACCUAAACCUCCUCCUCCUACCUUCUAAAAAACCCCUCACACAUCUAGAAAAAACAAAUAAAACCUUUGAACUCCUCCAAAUGUUGUCACUCUCUCUCUAUCACUAACUUCCCAUAGAGCAGAGACCAAAGUCGGUCUUAUUAAUCUGAUGGUGCUGAGUAAAAAGGGUGUUGCUCAGCGAUUUCAAGUUACUACAGAGAAGGAGGCCACCGAAUCAGUUUGGCUCAACUCUAAAAACUGAAUGACGAGAAUCUAUCUUCACAAACCUGUAAAACUUCCUCUCAAGCUGACUCAUUCCUUUUUACUUAUAGUUAGGAUCUCGAUUAGCCUCUUGCCCUCUUCGAUUGUUGUUUAGAAACUAAAGACCUCUCUUUUCCCAAAAGCUGAUGAUUUAAGAGUGCAUUCUUGCCUGAUUGAUUCAAACACAUUCUUGUUAACCGCCCUACUCAUACCAAUGCCCAAGCCAGUAUUAGGACCAGAACGACGCACCAAUCCACUAAUCUGGUGUGCAGCCAUAAUCUGCACACUCUUGACCGUAGCCGUGAUCAUCACUGGUAUGGUCGUUUUCAUUGGCUACAUGGUCAUCCGACCAAAAGUGCCACAAAUGGGUGUAGUAAGUGCCCAUUUAGACAAAUUCGCCUAUGACACGGCUAGUGUCCUUGUAGUCAAAGUCUCAAUUGUGAUCAAAGCUCAGAAUGACAAUUCAAAAGCUCACGCAAGUUUCUAUGAAACAAGUUACACACUUAGUUUCCAUGGUGUUAAAAUAGCUUAUUUAAAUGCUGACCCUUUUGAUGUCCCUUCAAAUAAGUCAAUUGACUUGUAUUAUCCGGUCGAAUCGUCACCAAUUCCAUUGAAACCCGAAGAUGGAGAAGUUGCUGAGCUAUUUUUGAGGAGAGGUCAAGUUGUUUUUGAUAUAAGAGGAAAUACAAGAACUAGGUGGAAAGUAGGGAUUCUUGGUUCUGUUAAGUUCUGGUUGCAUCUUAAUUGUCAGCUUAAGUUUCCUUUGAAUGGAACUACUAUUUACCCAAGAUGCAGCACAAAGUCCAAAUGAUUUGUUGUUGGAAUUCAACUAGCUAGGUAUUUUGUUUAAUAAAAUAUUCUUCACUUAGAUUUGAGAUUUAUUAUGGCAAAGUAAGGCUGGUACCUAUAUGCUUGUUUUGCUUUUUUUUUUUUUUUUUUUUUUUUUUGGUUUUGUACGCCCAACAUAUCCCUUUUUCUGGAUGUAAAUUAGAUUCUUGAAGAAGUAAUCAUCAAUAUUCUGCCUUGAGAACACAAUACGAUAUGCUCUAUCCAAUUGUCUAGUACUUCUGGGACCAUUUGGUUAUGAAUAAGAUUUGAAAUAUAUAAAUUGAUA